AUGUGCCGUGAUGCUCAGCGGCGUCAUAAUAUUCAUAAGUCAGUUGAAUGUGGCGACCCUUCCAAAGUAUGGAAAUUUCUUAAAUCGCUUGGAAUCGGAAAACAACAGCAACAGCCACUGUCUGCUCAUUUGAAUCUUGACCUACUUAAUCAACAUUUUCUCAUCAUCCCAUUUUUGAUCAAAGCAUUAAAUCUCAAACCAUUGCAUCUCUUAACUUUUGCCUUUUACGAAUAUUCCUUCUUUUUAGUUCCAGUCAAUUACAGAAGACGAAGUAGGGAGGAGUAUCAUGACUGUCUCGUCCAAAGGUAUUGGUUAUUAGCACACAUUUUCAACACCUCUGUUUCCUCAGGUGUCUUUCCUAAUAUCUGGAAAUAUGCCCAUGUCAUUCCUACUCCUAAAAUCGCUGACCCAGUUGCCUAUUCUGAUUAUCACCCUAUUUCCAUCCUACCUUUUCUUUCUAAGGUUCUUGAACGUAUUCUUCACCAGCAAUUAGUUAUCUUUCUCAACGAACUCUCCCUUCUUAAUUCAGUUCAAUCCGGUUUUCGUCCUGGGCACAGUACGGCUACUGCACUCACUAAGAUUACAGAUAAUAUUAGGCGUGGCAUGGAUAAUAAAAAACUCACAAUACGUACUUUGCUCGAUUUUAGUAAUGCCUUUAAUUCGGUAGACAUUGAUAUUCUUCUUGCCUUGAUCCGUAAAUAA